AUGGACAGGGACUGGGUUCGCCGCGACCGCGAUUUUGACCCCCGAGACAACCGGAUUGGCUUUGGCCGAGGCCGCUCAAGAUCACCGACGCGCGACUUUCGAGACAUAAGGGAGCCCCCGGGCCGCGAUUUUGACCUGGUUCGGAUGCGGCGCAACUCGAGAGAUAGUAUCAUAUCCGCAUCUUCGGGCGGCCCGGAAGGUCCACCUCCAAAUGGUGGCCAUAUGCACCGAGGAGGCAUGCGAGGGCGUGGUCGCGGAGAUUGGGAAGGAGGCCGCGGUCGUGGUCGUCCACCUUUCCUCGAUGAUCGCGAUCUUUUCCGUCGCCGCAGUCGCUCCCGCGAACCGUGGCAUCGCUUUGACCGUCGCGAUGAUUGGGAUAACCGACGACCUGAUCGCGAGGACCGUGAUCGCCCAGUGGACUUUUGGAAACGGGACCGCCCCCCAAGCCGUGCAGAUAGCCGCGCAGCCAGUGGCUCAACCACUUCCUCACAUCCUCCUACAGCACCCGGCCCUGGAGCUGGACCAGCCCUAGCAGAUCGCCUGUCUGAUCAUCCCCAAGUGGAUCAUGGUCGGAAACCUUCAAUUAUCCCCAGCACUGCGGUUCAGGAACCUACGCGAGAUUCCGAGCGAAGCGACCCUGUUGCUGUUCGACCUAGCGGUACUCGACCUGAUUCUGUUCGCCCCGAUGUCGUGCGCCCUGAUGCUGCUCGGCCGGAUGCUCCCCGACUGGGUGCUCCCCGGCAUGAUGCUGCCCGGCCGGAUGCUGCUCGCCCUGAUGCUGCCCGGCCUGAUGCUGCCCGGCCUGAUGCUGCUCGCCCUGAUGCUGCUCGCCCUGAUGCUGCUCGCCCUGAUGCUGCUCGCCCUGAUGCUGCUCGUCCUGAUGCUGUUCGCCCCGAUGCUGUUCGCCCCGAUGCUGUUCGCCCCGAUGCUGUUCGCCCCGAUGCUGUUCGCCCCGAUGCUGUUCGCCCCGAUGCUGUUCGCCCCGAUGCUGUUCGCCCCGAUGCUGUUCGCCCCGAUGCUGUUCGCCCCGAUGCUGUUCGCCCCGAUGCUCGACCGGAUGCUCCUCGACUAGAUGCUGUUCGCCCUGAUGCUAUGAAGAACGCUGGACCUAUUAUUCGGAACUCACCACCUCCAGCGGCCCCCCAGGUGCCCGCCUUUGGCUCGGUGACUGCCCCAAUUACGAACGUCUCCACAAGUAAAGAUACUUCAGACCAACGCACGGCGCGAAAUUCUACUUUCCCCGCAGAGGGAGACCGCUAUGAAGUCCUACAACGACAACCGGCCCAACCUCCUACAGGGCCCAAGGCAGAAAGGACCGAGAUCACGCAACCUUUUGAGCCUCGCAGCCGUCCCGAUGGACCCCGGGAGGCUGGCAAGCAGCAAGUUGCGCCUCAUCGGCUCUCUAAACCAUCUAUCCAUUUCCCUGAUGUAUCACCGCCCACCGCUCCAGCUGCCAUGACCCGGCCAGAUUCGGGAGUAGGGCCCAACGAAGGAUUUGGGGGCGGGAGGUCGAACUCACUCACCUCUUCCCCCACUUUUGCACGGGUUCCGCCGCCUGCCCCGCGCGCAUUAUCCCGUGAGCCCUCUAUAUCGCCUCGAAUGCAACCGUCCGGCAUUCCAACCGGCCCUCGAGCUUUGCAAUGGAAGGCUUCCUCCCCGCGUGGCCGCAAAGGCAGCAAGCAAUGGGUGCGACCUGGCUACGGCCGAACACCUUCAAUUCCUAAUGCACUGCCGAAACAAGAGCCUGUUGAUGAGGGCGAAGGUGUUUCCCCUGCCAAUGAAACCACGCAGCCCCUCUUACACCAUGAGACAGACGAGCCUGAGAGUGGCGAGAUUCUCCCCCAUGAACCUGCGAGAGAACCCUCGCCAGUUUCCCCGUCAUUGCACCUCCUACCCCGUCGUAGUUUAUCGGCCGUCGACGUUCAAACGAGCGAUGUCAAUGAACCCUCUGAGCAGGGCGGCACGGAUAAACCCGCCUUGAUACCAGACUUUGAAGGUUCAAGUGACGAGGAAGACGGGGAAAACAUUGUUUUCACCCAGGAGUAUCUUGAUGAAAGAAAGCGAAUCUUUGAAAAGGAUAUGGAGUCCCUCCGAGCAGAACUGCCACCGUCGCCUUUGGAAGAUCCCGCCAUUGUCGCUCUUUUGAUUAAAAUUCAGUUACUUGGAAUGGUAGCCAACGAACAGACUCUUGAACACCCCCCCGAACCACUCGCCGAACGAGUGUUAGAACGACCAGUGGAUCCUUUGCCUUCAGUAGAGGAUGAAGAGCCAGCCGAUCAUCCCAGCACUGAACGAGUGGUCUCCUUUGCUUCGACACUACCCGAGCGCGAGCCAGAGCCGAUUUCAGAAACCAUCAUCCCCCGCCCUCCAACCCCCAUUUCAGAAAUGGAUGUAUAUCACGAGAACAUUGCGACCCAAAAUCGUCUCAGAGACACGUUCAGCACAGAACUUUCAAAGGUGCAAGCAGAAGAUUUCAGGAAGAACGCAGUCCUUAGGGAUGAGUAUGUGUCUCACUACAAGCUCUGGCGCAUGGCCAUUUGGGAGCUUGAUCGUAUGAAGGAGAAGAAGUCCGUGACCCCUGGUCCAGCCUCUCCCCCAGUGUCAACGGUUGCAACUACCCCGGCGCCCAUGCCGGAAGGCCGCGAAGGCCGUCGGUACAAAGGAAAUAGCGAGCUCGAUUUUCUCAAUGCUUUGAAAGCCUCCGAAAUCUCCGCCCAAGAAGAGCUUGAACGUCGACGAAUCAAGAUGGCUACUGCUCGGCCAGAUUUGGGCCGUGAAGCGGUCAUUCCCAAUAUGCUCGAACCGCGGGAGGUAAAGGCUCGCAUCUACAAAGAUGUGAACAACACCAUUGAGUGCAAUAGGGCUCUGGACGUUUUCGGCUUCGUUCCGCCCCCUAAUGACUUCACCCCGGAGGAGCAUGUAAUCUUUACAGACGCCUUCAUGGCCCAUCCGAAACGGUGGGGCAAGAUUGCCGAAUAUUUGCCCGGUCGGAAUUUCCAGCAGUGUAUCGUACACUACUAUCUCACCAAGGAAGAGAUUAAGUACAAGGCCAAGCUCAACAAACGCUGGAGUAAGCGGGGCAAGGGAACUCGAAAGGGUCCACGACCGAAGUCCAACGCCCUCAUCGCAGACUUGGGUGUCGUGAAACCUGACUUUGUUGGCGAGGACGAGCCACCCGCUGUCACAGACACCGGUCGUCCACGGCGUGCGGCGGCACCCACCUUUGGCGAUUCCACCGAGGCAGAGAGCGCGCCAGUUGGCCGUCGGGGCCAACUUGGCAAGGACGGCGAGCCGGUGGAAAGAUCGUCGACUCGGCGUGGCGGACGGGGCGGAGGUACUCGCGGUGGACGGCGCGUGAAGACCACUACUCAACCGGAUUCAAAGGCACAGGCGACAGUUCCACAGGAAAAUCUGCCUCCGAUUGUACCGCCAGCACCACUUCAUCCUGGAAGCGAGAUGGAGUUGGUCUCAGAUCACGUCUUGGAAGGGUAUGAGGCCCGGGAACGAGAGCGUUCCGAAAAAGAAUCCGUGCCACCAAUUCCGCGAGGCAGGGUGGGACGAGGGCGGCCGAAAGAAGGAGUUUAUGUCUUCGAGUCUACUGAGGUUGAACAGCCUCUGGCAACCAAACAGCUUGAGACGGGGUAUGGCUCCUUGCAGCCAACGAGUUACUGGUCUGUACCGGAGCAGCGCGAUUUCCCGGCCCUGCUGGGACACUUUGGUCGUGAUUUCGAGGGUAUCUCGGCCUGGAUGAAGACCAAGACAACGGUGAUGGUCAAAAACUUCUAUCAACGCCGCCUUGACUCGGGCCAGAAAGACUUUGAGUUGAUUCUAACAGAUGCCGAGGAGAAGAAGGCUCGCGGUGAGGCCACAGGGCCGCUUCCUAUUCCAAGUGCUGCGCCAAAGAGACGAUACGAGGCAACUCCGUCUUCUAUUAUCCCUCGCCCACUUGCCCCUCAUGGGGAUCCUAUGGUCGAGGCUGAUGAAAUACGAUUCCCUAAAGGCAAGCCUGUUGGCCUCUCCCCGCAGCCCAUGUCCCUACAUGGACGACCUCCGUCCGACAAGGACCGGAAUGUCGGUCGCUACCAGCCACUCGCACAAGCUUCUGCUGCUUCACCAGUGCCUUCUACCGCAACUCUAAUUGAAGAGUCGACUCGGGCAAUUCGCGCGCAAGGAGGACCAUCCCACCGCAUUCAGGGCCCACGCCUUGGGUAUUUUACAGAGGAUAGACGAGACUCUUCGGUAUUGCCCCAUGCCACUUCUCGUGCGCAAGAACUCCCGAUAUCCUCGCGCCAUCCUGGCUCUAUGCCGCUGGAUAUGGCACGGAUGGAACCUUUAUCUGCACAGGCCUAUAUGCCUGCUCAGCAGCCAACUUCUCUCCUUUCAUCGACCCAUUCGCGUCACGCCAGCUUGACACAACCCCCCGGCUCGCCAAUCCAGCAGCUUAGACCAGAACUGGACAUCUCGUCUGUUCACCGCGAUCCCUUUGCUCAAAGACCCUAUUACUCGCUCGCAGGUCAACCCAUGGGUCUAGCCCAGUCACCUCGCCCUGGGUUGUCGCCAGUGAAGGAUGUUCCUCGUCCGAGUGCUACUCCGGCUCCCGAUGCAACUCGCCAGGUGCCUGCCAAACGGUCUAACAUCAUGAGCAUCCUCAAUGAUGAACCUGAAGAGCCUCAGCCGCGCAAACGAUUCGCCAGCGAGCAGGCUUCAUCUGCCCCUGGUGUAACCCCAGGCAUAAACCCAAGGCCCGCAUACCAGGCCAGCGGGCCCUCUCGCCAUGAAGACAGUAUUAUGUCAGGUAUGCCGCAAAAGCCUUCUGGUUACACCCAGCAAAGCCAAUAUCAGCCACCGUCGCGCGGCUACUCGGAGUAUCCUGGCUAUAGUGGCUCGGCCACAUCGGCGAAUAAUGACUGGAUGGCACGGUUCGAUCCACGGGCGCAACAAACUCCACCACAGCCUCCAGCCCAAUCGCUGCCACCACAGCAGCAGCAAAGCGGCCGUCAGGGUUCCUAUUCAUCUUACGCGGCGCCCCCGAGCCAAUCUUCCUUGACGAAUCUUCCUGCGCCAUCCCCAGCGCCGACUCCCCCGCCAACAAAUGCCUCUCAACGAUCGGCUUAUCCCAACGUUUUCUCCCAGGGUUCCUCUGCUCAACCGCCCAUGGCCUCUGGCUCCCGAGAUAUGGCCUCGCAACCGGCUUCCUAUCGACCCGGGUCACCUGGCCCACGGUCUGGUAUGCCGUAUGCAUCGCGACAGGAUCCACCAACGCCAGCGCAGUCUUCGGCCAGCCUGUAUGGCAUGCAUUCGCGCCAGUCAGCAACCCCGAAUCCAGUCCAGCCACACAGCUAUCAACAACAUGUGCAAACCAUGGUCAGUGGGUCGCAUCAGCCGCAAUCCCACCGCUCGACACCUGUCAACUUGGCCGGUGGUUCUUCGCAGUACGGGCAUAACACCCCUCCUCCCCAGUCCCAGGCUGGCCGGUCAAUGGCAUCGCUGGCGAGCCUCGGUCGUUCAUACACCCCCCCCGUCGGCUCUACAUCCCUCUAUGAGCGGAGGCACCAUGGGAAGCUAUGGUCCCCCUCAGUCAUCCGCGCCUGGAUCGAUACCGCCGCUUCACCAACGACCUCCAGGAUCGCUUGGUGA